GCCGUCGGUGUAGGCAGCCAUGCCCAUCUCAUCCUCGUGCGCGGAGGCAGACGUCAUCAGAAAGGUGGACGGGCACUAUGUACACGGCCCUAGGUUUGCUAAAGGGAGCUGUACUGUCUCCAUAACCUGGUUUUGCCAUCAAAGGAGGAGGGGACAGAUGGUGACGAGCCGAUUGGGGUGGUUGACCCUUCGACGCGAGAAUUUUUUGACCAAGAACCCUAUGUGCAACGAAGGAGAAAGCGAGGAACCGACUGGGAUGGACAGCAACGAGAGCGUGUACGAAGCGGAGCGGGUCGAGUUUGGUCGUGCUAGGACUGGCCACAGCGGCACCGGAGGGGCGGCACCGGAGCAGCGGAACCGGAGCAGGCGGACGGCAUCGAACCGUUACGCACGGACAAGCAUCUCUUGUGUUGUUCAAUUAUUAUUCCGUUUCCUGAAUACAGGUGUUUGGUGUGUGUGAUGACGUCACUGGUUUUAUAGAGAGACGGGGCAGAGAUGGCGCGGAUAACCCGGGUGCUUUUAAUUGUGUACCUGCAUCUUGGAAGACCCCUUCAAUUUGGAACGAAUCCUAGUCAGUGUCGAUGUUUACACUGCUGUGCCUAACACAGAUUAUCUGGAUAGAUUCGGGUGACUGUCAAUGAUGGCUUUGGUUGGGUGUUCAUCUUCAUUGUAUGUCCACGGACUCAUUCUGACAGCACUUCAGACAGCAGCUGCAUGCCCCGAGCUUGUGUACCAUGCACCAUGGUGUUAUUAUUGUACAGACAGCACUUCAGACAGCAGUGCGCUGUAGUCGACAUUCAUUUUGGAUAAAUGCGGGACAAGGGGGGUGAUGCUGCUGCUGUAGUCGAUUUGUAGUGUGUGGGCGUGUAGUUCAGUUGUGAGCACGCAAACGUGCUGCAGGGAUUGCAGGUGUACCUCCUCGGGCUUGUGUUCCCUCUUCUUGCUAAUACUUGUAGUGUGCGUGUUCUUUUAGAUCUUCUGAUGGCUCUAGCAUUUUUGUGACCACGGAGCGAGUCUUGGCUAGAUUUUGGGAUUAGCAACUGACACGAAAUACAACAACAACAACAACA